AUUGCACACAGACAUUUGGUGGGGUCGCGAACAAAGGACACACUGACUUUGUUGCCGUCUGAGCUUGCGUUUUAAAGGAAUACAUUGGCGAUCGUCUUAAGUUUGCGCCUAUUUGCAUGCUCAAAAGUCAGCGUUUGAGCUUGUUUCAAAUUUUGGUCAUGGCUGACUGUGAAAAGGGUCAAGUGAAAAUGGCUACAUCCCUACCUGAAGGUUUUCAUUAUGAGACCAGAUAUGUUGUCCUUAGUUAUUUGGGGCUGGCUUCACAAGAAAAUAUUCCAUUAUUGACAGGCACGCAAUCAACAGAAAGGGUUGCUUUGGAGCCUUCUGCAAUUGAGAAUAUGAAGAUGGAAAUAGAAGAGGAACUUAAGCAACUGCAUGAUGAAAUUAAUAAAGCCUUUGCCAGUACAGGAUUUGAGUGCCACACUUCUCCAGUAUUUAGUCCUGCAAAUCCAGAAAGCUCAAUAGAAGACUGCAUGGCUCACCUUGGGGAGAGAGUGUUUCGGGAGCUUCCUGUGCAGGUGGAGGGAGCACUGCAAAAUAUUCUUGCCAAACCUCUGGAAUACGAGUUGUACAGAGAGCAGUUAAAUCAACUAACCAGCCACGCCAGAGGGUGGAGUAAGGUUCUGGUUUCUCUAGUGGUAUUAAGGCAGUUACUAACGAGCAACAUCAAGCCAUCGCUAAAGACAAUGGUGGAGUUUGGAGUAAAGUACAUUGAGGAGACAAAUGCUGAUUAUAUCAUCCAGCAAGGUGGUUGGGGCACUGUUUUCAGUCUUGAUUCUGAAGAUGAAGAACGGGGAGAAACGGUGGAUGAUAGCAAUGAUAUUUAUAUCUUAACUAGUGACAAUUCUGGUCAAGUAAGCCCUCCUGAACCACUCGCUGUUACCAGUUCCUGGCAGGUGGCUAGCAUGCCAGCAUCGUUGACCACUAGUCAAAGCUGGCAUACUGAAGGCAUGCCAGUUUCUCUUGGAGCAGAGUCUUGGCAACAGCUAUCCAUGGAUCCAGAGGAAUUGAAGAGCUUGGAUAGUAAUGGUGGAGGUGAAGAGAGGAGCGAAAACAAUUCUUCCAAUUCUGAUAUUGUUCAUGUAGAAAAGGAAGAAAUUACUGAAGCCGUUGAGAGGCAGGAAUUGGAGCUAAAGACAACUGGGUCCACAACGGAGUCAGAACCUCCAUCUACACAACAGACAAUGCCAGCAGAGGGGCAGCCUUCUGUUGGAGCAGAGAAAACUGAUCCUUUAUCAGCACUGCCCACAAAGGCAGUCGCUGAAGUCGAGGAAAAAUCUCCAACGGCUUCAGAACAAAAUGUAUCUCAAUCUGGUGAAGUACAACAGUCGACAUCUCUGCAAGAAAUAAGAAAGCAAUUGGAUGAGAAGAAAAGAGGGGUCUGGGAGGAUGCCCCAGAAACCAAACUGGAAGAGGAAGGUUUUGAAAAGGGGCGAAGAGUUGAAAUUACUCCACUAACUGAGCCAGAAGUUUCUACAGAGGUCAUUCCUUCAAAAACAACCACGUCGGUCUUGCUUUAUGGUGGAGCUGCAGCUUUUGCAAUGCUGGCACUUGCAGUGGGUGUAGCUCUAGCCUUGAGGAGAAGGUUUUAACGUGAGCACUUUGUUACUGAGCAUAGUAAUUUGGGAGGCUUUCUAUUCUACAUUUGAUUUGUGACUGUAAUUGAGUAUUUAUUAGUUGUAUUGCAGAAGAUGUGAUCAAUGAGGUAAUCGGAGGUGAGGGGUACAAAUACAGUACAGUGUUAUAUACAGUGAGGAAAUGUUAAUGGCCCAUGGUGUAAAGAAAAUUGUGGGGUAUAAAACAUUCUUGUAUGCAAUAGAAUCCGACAGUAAAAAUGCUAGUCCAUCUCCAAAUAGUAACUAAAUGUGGAGGAAAUGAAUGUUAAAUCUUCAGGGUACGAAUCAUGAGAGUCUUGGUUAACAGAGACCUUUUUAUAAUUCAAAUUAAUUCGUAUUUACUGCCACCCUCAUUCUUAACUGAGUAAAACUACUUUCUAAAUUUUAUAAAACAUUAGCUUUGAGUAUUGUUUCCAUCUUUAGAAUCCACUCAGUUUUAUCAUGACCGUUGAUGUGACUUUUACUUCUGCCUGUAUGUUUUGCUUUCCCUUGUCUCACUCGCGUUUACUUUGGUUUAUUUCUUCAUGGGACAUUUCUCAUUAACAAAUACAGGAAGAUGCUCAUUGAUAUAACGUGUUUUGCAUUAGGUUAAAAGUAAGAUAUAGGGUAGUUAUUAAUGUCUCCACUACUGCUACCACAGAUACCAAAACAACUAAACGGUUGGUCAUUUUGGUAGUGGCGAGUUGAAAAUGUGAUGUCUAAACUUGUUUAAACAAGCAAGUGGGAAUAGCUUGCAUGUUUCCAAGCAAGAUGACAAAAAACAAUGAUUGACUGACUGCAACUAGGAUUUCCAAGUGCUGGCUUUGCAAUUUGUACUGAAACCAUAAACAACAAUAAAACAUGGAUUAAUUUGUGGUGUAAAA